GUACGGAGAGAGGAGGAGAUACCGCUCCCGCAUGGCCCAGUCAACUCUGGAUGGAGAGGAGUGCAGAGAGAAUGGAAAGAGAGAUGGAGAUAGGGACCAGGGACACAGGGACAGACAGUUGGACGCUCAAGGGGAGAGCCUGGCCACCAGCCCAGUGCAGCCUUCUGCAGGUCUGCAGGCCGGAGAGAAGCAGGAGGAUGCAGACAACCAGAAGAACAGCCACAGAGCCAGCCAGGCAGGCCUCAACAGCAACACUGUCCACAUCCCUGUCACCAUCACCGCCCUGCCCAGAGAGACCACCAUCAUACCCAUGAAUAACAUAGACUGUGAGAGCCUCCCCCUGAACGAGGAGAAGAAGAACUUGGAGGAGGAUGAGGAAGAGCUGAAGAACGGCCCCAAACACAUUCUUCCCUACAGCUCCAUGUUUGUGUUCGGACAGACCAACCCGGUGCGUCGGCUGUGUCACUACGUGGUGAACCUGCGUUACUUUGAGAUGUGUAUCCUGUCGGUCAUCACCAUGAGCAGCAUAGCCCUGGCUGCUGAGGACCCUGUGCAGGCCAAUGCACCCCGCAAUAACGUGCUCAAAUAUCUGGACUACGUCUUCACAGGAGUGUUCACCUUUGAGAUGGUGAUUAAGAUGAUAGACCUGGGACUGCUCCUCCAUCCUGGUUCUUACUUCCGCGACCUGUGGAACAUCCUGGACUUUAUCGUGGUCAGUGGAGCUCUGGUGGCAUUCGCCUGCUCGAGCUUCAUGGGGUAAUGCCUUUGUGAUUGCCUGCAUUCUUGCUUGUCCCUGUCUGUGUCGUCUUUCUUGCCCGUUUACUUGUCUGUCUGUCUAUCAUUGCCUGUCCAUACGAGGCAGCGGGGCCUAUGUCCAGUGUAUACUGUAGGUAUGUAGUGUAGCAUGACUGCAGCCAGCAGCCUCA